AGAUGUUUUUAGCCCUACAAAAGUGCCUAAGGACAUUACACAUUCAAAGGCUAUAAAACGCAACACACAACAAUUUGUACAACCCCUCUUCAACUUUAUUCUCUUCAUUCCUUGACUCUUUCUAUAUUUCAAUUUUUAAAUCUUCUCUAAACCAUUCGAUUUUUUUCUUGAUACAAACAUCAAAUAAUUAGAGAAACUAUGUGUCAUCUAACUUCUCAACUCUCUUGCAAAUGCAAUUCAAAUCCUGAAUUUCUAGUAGUUCAAAUCAAAGACCAAAAUGAACCAAACAACAACAUGAUGACCAUUCCACUUAUCCAAAAGGACACAAACAUAGCAACAUACCAACAACAACAAAAGAAUCCAACAACAAUACAAAUCCAAAAAACCCAUCUUAGAGCUACCUUCAAAGAAAUAAUUUCUAUAGCCAAAAUUGCCCUUCCUAUGAUCCUAACCGGUCUCUUACUAUAUUGUCGUUCAAUGAUCUCCAUGCUCUUUCUUGGUCACCUCGGCGAACUCGCCUUAGCAGGCGGUUCGCUAGCGGUCGGUUUCGCUAACAUUACCGGUUACUCAAUCCUCUCCGGUCUAGCGGUCGGAAUGGAGCCUAUUUGUGGACAAGCCUUUGGUGCCAAAAGAUACACUCUCCUUGGUCUUUGCUUACAAAGAACCAUUCUCUUGUUACUCUUAACUUCUAUUCCUAUAUCAAUUCUUUGGCUUUACACAAAAAAAAUCCUUCUUUUAUGUGGCCAAGAAGAAUCUAUAGCUACACAAGCUCAAUUAUAUCUUAUCUAUUCCAUUCCUGAUCUCUUAGCUCAAUCUUUUUUACACCCUUUAAGAAUUUACCUUAGAAGCCAAUCCAUUACUCUCCCUUUAACCCUUUGUGCUACUUUAGCCAUUUUUCUUCAUGUCCCUAUAAACUACUUUCUUGUUUCUCACCUCAAUAUGGGAAUCAAAGGUGUUGCUUUAAGUGGGGUGUGGACAAAUUUCAACGUUGUUGCUUCUUUGAUUCUCUACAUAGUUUUCUCUGGCACACAUAAAAAAACAUGGGGUGGUUUCUCUUCACAAUGUUUCAAACAAUGGAAAUCACUUCUCAAUUUAGCUAUACCAAGUUGUCUUUCUGUUUGUCUUGAAUGGUGGUGGUAUGAAAUCAUGAUUCUGUUGUGUGGUUUGUUGAUAAAUCCAAGAGCAACUGUUGCUUCUAUGGGAAUUUUGAUUCAAACAACUUCUUUGCUUUAUAUUUUUCCAUCAUCAUUAAGUUUUAGUGUUUCAACUAGAGUUGGUAAUAAGCUAGGUGCUCAAAAACCAUCAAAAGCUAAAAUUUCAGCUAUUGUAGGACUCUCUUGUAGCUUCAUUUUAGGUGUUUUUUCUUUGAUUUUUGCUGUAAUGGUUAGGAAGAUUUGGGCUAGUAUGUUUACUGAAGAUAAAGAGAUAAUAAAGAUUACAUCUUUGGUUUUACCUUUAAUAGGACUUUGUGAACUUGGAAAUUGUCCACAAACAACAGGUUGUGGGGUGCUAAGAGGAACUGCAAGGCCAAGAGUAGGUGCAAAUAUCAACUUUGGAUGUUUUUACAUUAUUGGAAUGCCUGUGGCAAUUUGUUUAGCAUUUUUUGUUGGGUUUGAUUUUCAAGGACUUUGGCUUGGGUUGCUUGUUGCUCAAGGUUCUUGUGCAGUGACUAUGUUGGUUGUUUUGAGUCAAACGGAUUGGGAUGGUGAAGCAUUAAGAGCUAAGAAAUUAACUGGAUUAGGGACAAUUACAACAACUAGUACUGUUAAUGUUGAUGACAGCAAAGAAAUUGAUACAGAGAAGCCACUUAAAGCUGAAAUUAAGGAAGAUUCUUAAUCAUUAGCUGACUCAGAUUAAGAUAAACAUUAAUCAAGGGUCUAACUUUGAUUAACUCGUUUUUUUUAACCAAUAAAAACAAGAGAGAGAUAUAAAUAUAUAUCUUUGAGGAAUUUGUCUUUGUUGUAAGGGGAAGACAGGGUAGAGAUAGAGGAAUAGGAUGAUGACCUUUUUUCUAAUUUUUUUAGAUCAAAAGUACUGUGGAAUGUGGAUCAAGGAAUUUAACUACUCUUGUGUAUAUAUUAUUAAAAUAAGUCACGUAAUCCAUUCACAAAUGCACGUAAUGUACAAUUAUUAUUUUAGUUAUAAAUAUGUUUUCUUAGCAA